CGGAGAAAAUAUUUGGAACUCAAUUAAGAAUUGGCGUUGGGUCUGCCGAUUUUCUACCCCGAGAACGGUGAAGCCUCUCUAUCUUCUGCUCUCCAAAGUCUCAGUUUGUAAAAUUGAGUGCUAACAAUGGAGAACCGCUCCUAAACAUCAACUCUACAGCGUAACCUCGAAGUACUUCAACCAUGUCAAUUUCUAGCACUAUUUCUACUAUCUGCACUCCGUUUAUGUGCCGCAACUUCCCUCACUUUAAACCCACUUCCGAAAUCGCAACCCGUAUAAAUCAUUGUCAUGGCGGAAGAACUCUUCAAUUCCAGUCAAACACAUCUAAAACUUUUUGCAAAAGGUUUGCAUAUGGUGGUCAAAAAUUGAGAUUUUCUGUGAGAGCUGGAGAAUCAAAUGGUAAUGAGGAGGAAUUGGAAGAGUUGAGGGGGAAAAGUACAAUGCCUGAUAGGUUUCGACACUUGACUAAGGAAGUUCCUUCUCCCCCUCUUCGCUGGCCUUGGUUUGUGGCUCUGGCGUUUUCCAUCUACGCUUGGAGAUCAGUCUUGUGGGAAAUUUCUAAUUGGUGGAAGCUCGUAUUGGGCAUUGGCAAUUUUUUCGGAUACCUAACGAAGCUUGUUUUGGCAUUAGUUUUUCGUUUCAUAGGUGACCCAAUCAGCUACACAAUUCUCUACAUUGAGACCUCACUUCAUGCCAUCCGUUCUCUAUACUCUAGCAUAGUAACAUCUGCUCCAAUUCCAGAAUUAACCUUCGUUAUUAUGCUUGCUUCGACUGUACUUGCAAUCGGAGAAGCUGCUUCUCCAAACUCAAUAAACUGCCAACCUUACCUGCUUACCACAGCAGGAAUCAUUGGUUACGGGGCAGUCCGAGGCUUCAUCAUUGAACCAGUAUUCUGGCUGUUGCUUGUUGGGAUCUUCAGCUUUUCUCGGUUUUUCAAGAAAAGGGAUUACGUUUCUUCAACUUUACCUGUUGCAACUGUUGUGGCCUCUGUCGGUGAGCCAUGGGUUAGAGUUUUGGCGAUUAUUUCGUUUACAGUGAUGGCAAUUCAUCAUCAUUCUAAGAAGCAUACAGAUGGAAAUAAAAAAGGCGAAUUCCCUUCCUCUAGCGGCGAAGUUCCAUUCCCUCUGCUAGGCGUUGCUUUAGCCAUCGGAAUUCGUGUUGCUGCUAAGUGGGCUGGCUAUCGACAUUUGACAUGGAUGAUUGUGUAGUUAAUCUGGUGCAAUUAUCAAGAUCUCGGGUUCACUAGACUAUAUUAUACUUUUUGGCGUUAUCAAGAGUUUCGUGGUAACGGUUGGCAUUUUUCUUCAGAUUAUCGCCUUGAACUUGGUCAUUUGUUCUAGUAGGCUUCUUCUGUAGUAAAAUUGGUCUGUUACAUGGUUUCUGCAGAAGAAAAAGUUAUAUGUGUUGCAUGAAGAGGUCGAGAAUGUGUUUAUUGGGAAAAAAAUUUGAGAGUUUAUUGUCAAAUUA